AUGGCUUUCUCCGCUAAAGAUCACAAUCUAGUAGAUAAAGGCAGAGUCUCCACUUAUGGUGGCUCUACGCUGGAUUCUAGCCAUAAUCCAGGCAACAAUAUGUUCACAUAUGCUUCCUUCUUCAAAGAUAUUCACAACCAAAAGCGCACUCCAUUUGAAGUUGCUCCCUCCAUUGUUGAUAAUGGAUCAUCCCCAGGCAAGGCCCUCGACUUCACUUCCACCUUUGUUGAAGCGACCGACGACUUCUCGUUCAUCAUCGACUGCUCACAAUUUAUUGGCAUGGUGUUCAAGGAGAAGACGCUACCCAGCUGUAUUCGUGCACAAUAUCCCAAAGGUCUUGGUAUUAGACAUCGUAUGGUUGGCAAGAAUCAUAAGGUUAUUGAAAUGAACUUCCCCACUGAACAGGACUGUAUGGAGGCCUUGGGGAAGGAGUUCGUCCUCCAGGGUAAAACUAUUCAGGUCAGCAAGGCUUUGGACAAGAAUGCCAACGUUGUUAGAGUUACUGUCUCGGCUAUCCCUUACAAGCCUGUAGAGUUUCUUAAACCUUUGUUAAUCCAGACAUUUGAACAAUAUGGUGAUAUUCUCAAUGUCGGUCUCUGUCACUCCAAGGAUGGUAAUUGGUUCACUGGUAGAGGUUUUGUUACACUUAAUAUGGAUAAAUCCAAGCAAUAUGAAGCUGAGUUGGCACCUCAGAUCCCAUUUGGAGAUUUUCCGGAGAAAAUCCGUUUGGUUUGGACCAAUAUGCAGCCCAUCUGUAAGGAUUGUCAUACUGAUGAACAUGUCAAGGCCGACUGUCCUCGAGCAAAGAAGAAGGCCUGUCAUAAAUGCGGUAGUCUCGAGCAUCUUAUUGCCCAGUGUCCCCGCGCUCAUUGGAAUCGAAAGAAGGACCAAACUACUCAGGAACGUCGUCGCAAUUCCGUUACUAAGGAGAGUAACCCUUCAUCAAAGCCUACAGGAAGAGAGGUCAAUCUCUUAGAAUUGAUGAAUGUCAAGCAACCCAAAUACCUCGCCAAGAAGAAGGAUGUGGAUGUUGCCGAAGACGCUAUGGAAACCGAAGAUGAAUCCACCACUCCUGAACAAGAGGCUCAGGAACCAGCCGACUCAAUCCACCAGGAGGAAGUAGCACCAGUUGAUUCAGUUGAAUCUGUCGAGCCACAGACUGUAGCAUUACCUUCAGUUGCACCAACCACUGUCUUUGAUCCACCCUCAACGGUGGAACCUUACCAAGAUGACAGCCUUGAUGACAAGGAACCAGCCUCUAAAGAUGAACAGGAGACCGUUCAUCUCACCAGUGAGGAAUCUGAAUAUGAAGGCGGUGAUACAUCCGAAAGCUCUGUAGAAUAUACUAACUACCGGGACAAAUACAAUCUUAGUAAGGGCAAAAAGAAGACUUCUACUGCUGAAGGUGAUACAGCACAGGAGGCUUCCCAGAAGCGUUCUAUCAGGGAACUGGCUUCUACUCCACCGGGAUCUGACCAAGAGGGAUCUGCCAAAAAGGUUUCCAAGCAACAAGAGGACAGCCAUAUGGAUGAGGCCGAGCAAGGCAACUCCACCACAACAAAAUCAUUAUAA